CUGAAGAUAAUGCUCGAUGGUGGGGCGGAUGUGAAUCUUGCGCAGGAUGGGGUGACUGCGUUGAUGCGAGCUUCCGAUAACAAUUUGGUCGGAAAUGUGAAAUUGCUGCUGGAGAAAGGUGCAAAUCCGAAUGUUGUGGAUGAAAGGGGGAGGACUGCGAUGGAGAUUGCGUCUGAGAAGGGGCAUGACGAUUUGGUGAUGCUUUUG